GCUGGAUUCACUACUGGACCUCAGCAUCAACAACAGCAGCAGCUAUCGGCUGGUGCUGCUUCUAUCGCUUCUCAGCAGCCAGUUCAAUCCCAACAGCAGCAAUCUGCCUCAGCUCUCUCUAAUCCUUGUUCAACUACAUCCGUUACUGCGGCUUCAGUAAAUAGUCGUGCCUUUGUUGCCGGUCAACAGCAGCAGCAGCAGGCUGCUUUUGCUGUGGCUGCAGCUGCAGCCGCAGCCGCAGCUGCCUAUCAGCAGCAAGCACAAGCCCCUAAUCAGCAAGCUCAAUUAGUUACUAAUCCGGGCCAUCCUCUUACGACUAACACAACCGCCAACACUCAUAAUGCUUCAGGUACCACUUCUACAUCAGGUGUUGGUAUUGGAAAAAAAGAAAAUGACCUAGUCGCACAUGAACGGUGUCUAAGCUCUACUACUCACCUGGCCGCUGUUGCUGCUGCUGCUGCUGCGGCCGCGACGGCUCCGAAUUCUUCUAAUAGUUCAGCUUCAUCUGCUCAGCAGCACGUUGGAAAUUCUGCAAUGUCGUCCCGUACGGCAACUCAACCUACUCAAAGUAGUGCUGCGGCCGCCGCCGCAGCUUCAAACAAUCUGGCAGCUGUGAUGGCUGCAGCUGCAUUUGGCCGACAGUUUCACCAACAGCAGCAACAACAACAAAGUCCCCAGAAUUCCAGGCUUACGGUGGGGUCCUCUGUGCCAUCCGUCCCUGCUGCUGUCCAGGCGAGUCAUCACCAUCUUCAUCAUCACCAACAACAGCAAGCUUCCAUAGCCAAUUCUACAAGCAACGGUUUAACAGGAGCGACCUCGACGGCUUCCUCAGCCUAUGGCUUAGCACAUCACCACCAUCAACAACAGCAGCAGCAGCAAUCAACUGCGUCAAGUGGCCAAACGCAGGCAGGACAGCAGCAGCAUUCUGGCGCUUCUCUUGCGUCAAGCUUGCCAUCUGGACAGACCCAGCAACAAUUAGCCUUCUCUGCAGCCGCUGCAGCUGCUGCAGCAGCAGCGGCAGCGGCUGGCUACGCCAGCCAAACACCUCAUCAUAUGCAUCACCAAGUGCAACACCAGCAACAGCAAGUAGCACAGUCCAUAGCUUCGAGUCAACAAAGUUCGUCCGUUUCCGCUCAACAACAGCAACCGCAGGCCUCGCACCAUUAUGCUCAACAAACAGCAUUCCAGCAACAACAGCAACAGCAGCAUCAUCAGCAACAGCAACUCGCUCAGCAACAUCAACAGGUAAUACAACUGCAUCACCAAUUGCAACAACAGCAGCAACAGCAGCAGCAUUAUCAACAGCAGCAGCAACAGACAGUGGUCAACCAACAGUAUCACCAGCAGCAGGCUCAAUUUAUGCAACACUAUCAUCCUGCUGCAAUGAGCCUUUUCCAGUUUAUGCCUGGAAUGGUGGCUGGAGCCCAAUACCACCAGCAAUACCAGCAACAACAACAACAUCAGCAGGUGGCUGGUGCUGCUGCACAACAGGCUUCCCAGCACCAGCAUCCACGCCAG